AUGAUCAACACAAAAAAACUUCACAAACUGGCAAGGAAGUGGCAGAGAACGGCUUCUGCAAAGUGCAGGAGAAUCUCGUAUCCAAAAAGUGGUGCAAAUCUGGAUCCAUUAGUUGCUGAUAAAGGCCAUUUUGUUGUGUAUACAACUGACGAGAAAAGGUUCAUGGUUCUCUUGGAAUAUCUCAGCCAAAAUGUCUUCAUAGAGCUCUGGAGAAUGUCUGAAGAAGAGUUUGGUCUUCCAACUCAUAGAGCUAUCACAUUGCCUUGUGAUAGUAGCCUCUUGGAGUAUGUCAUUUCAUUGGUCCAAGGACGCAUGCCUGCAGAUUAG